GGAGAGAAAUUCGUUAGUUGUCAGUUGACAGCAAAUCCAGACACGGUUGCUGAUGCUGAGGACUUCGUAGUCUGUGCCACUGCCAGGGACGGUGGGUUGGCUUCGUCUCAGGUGUAGCUCAAAGGCCUACAAGAUGAGAUCAAAGAUCCGAUCGCGGCCUCGAGUAGCCCUCCAAUGGCCGCCGCCUCUUCCACCUACCUCACCAAACUUCUCUUCCUCCUUGUCACUCUCUCCGGUGCACCUCCAUUGGCCACCGCCCUCAGCUUCGGGAUCAACUAUGGUCAGAUAGCCAACAACCUCCCGUCCCCGUCCCGUGUCUCGGUCCUCCUCAGGUCCCUCAACAUCACCAGGGUGAAGCUUUACAAUGCUGAUCCUCACGUCCUCACAGCCUUCUCCAAUUCGGGAGUCGAUUUCAUCAUUGGGCUCGGGAACGAGUACCUCGUCAACAUUACCGAUCCCGUCAAAGCCCAGGACUGGAUUGAGCAGCACGUCCAGCCCUUCAUUGGAUGGACCGGGAUCAGCUGCAUUGUCGUCGGGAAUGAAGUGUUCAACACCAACAACACCCAGUUGAUGUCCUAUCUCCUCCCCGCAAUGCAGACGGUUUACACCACACUCUCUAACUUGGGAAUGGAAAAGCAGGUCACAGUCACCUCAGCACACACUCUGAACAUACUGGGCAACUCCUACCCUCCUUCUGCAGGGGAUUUCCGGCAAGAUCUCGUCGGAUACAUCAAGCCCCUCCUCGAUUUCCACUCUCAGAUCAAGUCACCUUUCCUCGUGAAUGCCUAUCCUUUCUUUGCCUACAUGUAUAACCCGAACGAGGUUCCUCUGGAUUACGUCCUGUUCCAGCCCAACCCUGGGAUGACUGAUCCCAAGACCAACCUGCAUUAUGACAACAUGCUGUUCGCACAGAUUGAUGCAAUUUAUUCGGCUAUACAGGCACUGGGGCAUUCCGACAUUGUUGUCAGGAUUUCUGAGACCGGUUGGCCGUCUCGAGGGGAUCCCAAUGAGGCAGGGGCCACUCCUGAGAAUGCAAGGUUGUACAAUGGGAACUUGUUGCAGAGGAUAGAGCAGAGGCAGGGCACCCCGGCGAAGCCCAAUGUUCCGAUUAAUGGGUAUGUCUUUGCAUUGUUCAACGAGAAUCUGAAGCCAGGUCCUGUGUCUGAGAGGAACUACGGUCUUUACUAUCCUGAUGGUACGCCGGUUUACGAUCUUGGGUUCCAAGGGUAUCUACCGGAGUUGGUUUCUGCUGCAUCCUGUGAAAGAGUUUUGUACCCCAUGGUCCUUCUGGUGUUGGUUGUUUACAGUAUGAUAUGUCCUCAAUAGCGAACAGUUUAAUUAAGAUGAACGCAACCGUAAGAGAAUUGUACAAAGAUUCUUGAACAGCUAGGGGGAUGACCUAACGGGAGCCAGCCAUUACAUUCUGCGUUAACAGCAAGAUCAAGUGCCAAGAUAUACGGUUACUUAGAUCAAAGGUGGACAAAUCGUGAUUUCAUAGGGCGUAACACUAGUAGAGCAAAGUACUGCAGUUGGAUCAUACUCUUUCUUUUAGCUUUCUCUGUUUUUCUCAUCUCAAGUUUACAGUAAAAGAACCUCACUCUUCAUUUUCUCUUGUGUACUUGGUCGGGCAGAUUGGACAAAAUUACCAUCUGAAUAAUGCUUAUGAUAAGGAUCUAAUUGUAUGAUAUUAGGGACGAAAUUGUCAGGAACACAAAUAUGUUAUAUAAUAAGAGAUAGAGGUGAUUGUUC